UUUCUGUUGGGUGGGAUAAAGAUUGUUCUAGAAAUUCGCACGUCUGUCAAAAGGAGACAAGUAUACGCUUGGAAAAGGCCAAAACCUUAAUUGUGGAAUUCUUUAGGAUGCAGUCUCACGUGUUGGAAGAGGAGUUUCUGAAUAUCCCAGAGAUAAAUUAUAUAGAACACAGCCUGGAUAUCAUACGUGUCGACAGCUGCCGCCCAGGCUUUGGGAAAAAUCAGGUCACACACCAUGACUGUCCCGGCUGUUGCGUGGUUUGUGAUCCAGGAACGUAUAGCUCAGACAACAGCUCUCAGUGUGAGGUUUGCAAAGACAUCAAGAUUACCUACUAUGGAGCAACAGAUUGCUGACGGGUAACAUUAUACAUCAUCAUACUUCUUAUCUUCUCUGCCUUUCAGCUUGGAUAAGUUCUAACUCACUGUUCGUUAAUGUACUGUUUUACCAUGAUAGAACCACCUUCAUAUUCAAGAGCCAUCUUGGUGCAUACAUCAUCUUCAAACUCAGCAUGAGAGUCUAGAUAAUAUUGAUUAAAGCU